AUGAAGAAGCCUACCUUUCCAAGGAGGUUAUACACAAGAGGGGCUGAACCGGAAGCCCAAAAGAGCAUCUCCUACGGCAGCAACGACAAAAAGCUAUUUGCUGCCGUGAAAAAACUACUGAGUGAUGCCGAGUGGGAAACACUAUGCGACUCGCGAGUUGGUGUCUUCUGCAAGUUUCACGACCUCGACUUCGCGUGGUCUUCGAAGUUGGUCCACACGAUGCUCUCAUAUCAGUUAGAGUGCAAGAAGAAGUAUGAGAUCUGGGUUGCGGUUGCGGAUAGCCCAAUUAGAUUUUCCCUCCAUGAGUUUGAGCAUCUCACCGGCCUCAACUGCGACUAUGUGGAAGAUAUUGAUGACCCCAAGUGCAAGGUUACUCUAGAGAUGAGAGCAUUCUGGGAGAAGCUCGGAGUAGAUGUUGAGCUUGGUCCGAGUCAAGUGGAGAUCAUUCGUGCAUGCGAAUGGGCAACAGACUGGCCGAGUGAGGACAAACUUAGGCUUGGUUACUUGGCCAUCUACACUGGCUUCAUUGCUGCUCGGAAAAACACCUCGCACACUCCUGUCAACCUGGCCAGAUUAGUGAUGGAUGAAGAGGAGUUUGAGAAUUAUCCGUGGGGGCGUGUAGCUUUCAAGAACCUGAUCGAAGCCGUCAAAGAAGCAGAGCUAUGGAAGUCCGGGUAUGUCCUGGAUGGGUUUGUUGAGGCUCUACAAGUAUGGGCAUAUCGUUUCAUGCCUGAAUUCGGAGCGGGUUGUGGUGCGCCCAUACGAAACGCUCCUGACAUUCCGCUCUUGUCCUACAAAGGAGUCCAGGGUCUAAGGAACAUUGAACUCACGAUACUGAAGCAGGUGAACUUUGAUCACUGCAUAAUGGUGGAGAGAGACUUCGUUUACCCAAAGUGGGAUGAGGAUAAGGAAGACCCGCGUGUAGAUGAACUCAUCAACGCGCUGUAUGGAGACCUGGGCCGGUGGAGGUGGAAGCCGGCGGACUGGAAUCCUCAAGGUGUUCUGAAGAGGCAGUGUCCUGAGAGCGUAUCCUCUGCUGAAGAUGGCUUCAGUCGCUUCGAGGAGAAGAUGAAGGUUCUGUUUGAAGAUGGCUUCGGUAAGUUGUCUGCGGCGAUGAAGUCUGGCUUUGAACAGUCUGAUUCCAAGUUCACGAUCCUGACUAGGAAGGUGAUCCGCAUAGAAAAAACAGUCCAGUCUAUGCAAGCAGCAUCAAGGCGUCCAAACACCGAACCUGUGGAACCUGACGCAAAUAAUGAGAAGAACGAGCCGUCUAUUGAAGAUGGUCGAGCCGAGGAGAAGUUUUGCAAUUGA